ACUUGAACUAAAGAGGCAGAACUACUUUUAUAUACCCGAACAAUACAGUUUGAGGCUCCUUGACUUUUAAUCUUGGAACAAAAAACUCAUUUGUUAUAUAAUCGGAAGUAUUUUACUAUAUAUGUGACACCUAACAAGUGCGUCGUGUUUUUCCUUAAAUGAAUAUGACACCAUGAGAUUAAUGGCAUUUGAAGUGUAGAAGCUGAAAACACUAAAUACUGGUUAACGUAUGCGAAUGAGGAAACAAUCUUUGAAAUUAUUUUAUAAUUAAAGAUGCAGUGAGAAAAAAAAAGUGAAAAUAAGAGGAAGCAAACUACCAUACAUAAGACUGGCUGUGCUUGAAAUAAGGUUCCGCAGAUAUAUUGUUAAAUAAAAACCAAAAUGAUGAAACGGCUUUCGUUAGCGGUGGCUCAAGGAGGUGCCGCAAAUACCACAGCAGCGUCCGAGAUGGGAGAUAGCACCGUCACGGAGAGCACAUUUAGCAAAGCGGUGGCUCGACCUUCACUCGCUGGGGUUAUGUUGUCUAGGAAAUUUGGUAAAAGAAUGUCAACUAAACCUACAGAACGUAGAGGGCUGGGUACCAUCGGCAGUUCGUCUGCUGGAAUGAUUCCGGAAAAGGAACCAAGCUAUCGUAUGGAACCAGCUAAGAAAUUCAGUUCAGCCGCCGCUGAAAAGGUGAUAAAAGAAGUACUAGAUGAAGCAUUUGAUGGAUUGAAAUAUAACCCGAAACAGUGUUCAAAACUAAUUAAAGCGCUGAGUGAUGAAAUUAAAGACAGGGUGAAACUGCUAGGUUACGACAGAUAUAAGAUUGUCUGUAUAAUGGCCCUAUGUCAGCGAUCUGAACAGGCAGCCGUUUGUAGCAGUAGAUGUAUUUUAGACAAAGCCAAUGACACAUAUGCAACUUAUACGUUCAAAAACGAGAGUCUGAUUUGUAGUGCGACAGUGUAUGGUAUUUACAGGGAAUAAGGCUUUGAAAGAUAUAGCAACUGUGUAAGACACUGCCAAAAUCAUGUAUUUUUUUUGUAUUUCAAAGGCUAUAUUAGUAUGUAUUUCUUUUUUUUUUUUUUUUUUUUUUUUCGUUUUAACUGGCAUGUUGUGAUUUUGUCAAAAAAAGUAAAAGUAUACCAGUUGAUAACGUUUCAAAGGGACAUCCCUCAAGAGGUACACUGAAAUACCAGUAUUUAUCAAUAAGACAAUAAACCUGUACUAUAAUUCAAGUCAAAAUGUUUGUUGCAAACUGUGUACAACUAAAUUCCAAUAUUUUUCUCACGUUCACACAGCGCAGAAGAAAUAUUUUCCUAUAUUAUAAACUACAUGUAUGUUAAAACAGCUGAUAUAAUUAACAUAAUUGAAUCGCGUCUGUUUUGAUAACUAUCAAAUCCUUAAUUGAUUGAAACUAAGGGCCCUCCGUGACCGAGUGGUUAAGGUCGCUGACUUCAAAUCACUUGCCCCUCAUCGAUGUGGGUUCGAGCCUCACUCGGGGCGUUGAAUUCUUCAUGUGAGGAAGCCAUCCAGCUGGCUUACGGAAGGUCGGUAGUUCUACGCAGGUGCCCGCUCGUGAUGAAAUAAUGCACGGAGGGGCACCUGGGGUCUUCCUCCACCAUUAAAGCUGGAAAGUCGCCAUAUGACCUAUCAUGUGUCGGCGC